CCGGCCGGGACGGUCGCUAUGGAGAUGCCGGCCGCGCCCUGCAGCGGGAGGCGCCACGCGCUGCUAGCCGUGAUCGGCGAAGUCGCGACGGAGCUGGAGCGGGAGGCGGUGCGCCAGAGCCUCGAGCGCGGCCUUCGUUCAUGGGAUGUUGAUCUUCAUUCCUGCAAACUGAACCAGCAACUGAGACUUUUUGUCACACGCCAUCUAGCACACUUUUCAUCAGAGGUCAAAGGUCAGAGGACCCUUCGUCACCAGAGCGAGGACCUGGAUACAGUCAUUCUAGUAAAUCCAGAUGAGCGGAGUGCUGUGUCAGAGGUCCGUUCCUUGGUAUGUGACCCUUCUGCCUGCAAGCUGCUGGUCCUGUGUGGGCAGAGCUCUGACCAAGAAGGAGAUUUGAUCCUGCAGACUGGGAUCUUCACCUUCCAGAAAUUUGCAGAAAUAUUUGCAGACCCAGAGGUUGCCCAGCUGCUCAGCAACACUGACCCAGCUUCCAAGGCCUCCCUCACAGUGUCGUGCUUGGGAGAGGGAGAUUGGGGCAACCUUGGACACCCUCGAUUCCAGGAUCUUCUCAAUCUGAGAGUGAACCCUGAUCCAAUCCUGCCAGAGAUGGAUGGGGUCUCUGAAUUUGUCGAGUAUGUCUCUGAGACAGUGGAUGUUCCAUCACCCUUUGAUCUCCUGGAGCCUCCAACCUCUGGGGGCUUUCUAAAACUUUCAAAGCCUUGCUGCUACAUAUUCCCAGGAGGGAGGGGAGAUUCAGCUCUCUUUGCUGUCAAUGGAUUCAGCAUCCUGGUGGACGGUGGCUCUGAGAGGAAAUCCUGUUUCUGGAAACUGGUUCGACACCUGGACAGGAUUGACUCAAUUCUCCUGACCCACAUUGGGGCUGACAACCUUCCAGGCAUUAAUGGACUCCUACAAAGGAAGAUUGCAGAGCAGGAUGAAGAACAGUCACAAGGCUCCACCAAUUACAGUGACUGGAUGAAGAAUCUCAUCUCCCCUGAGCUUGGGGUUGUUUUCUUCAACGUUCCUGAGAAGCUCAAAAUGCCAGAAUCCUCCAUGAAGGUCAAAAGAAGCAUCGAGGAGGCAAGUCUAACACUGCAGUACCUCAGCAGGCUAGGCAUAAAGCCAGAGCCCCUCUACAGAGUUGUCAGCAACACCAUUGAGCCAAUCACAUUGUUCCACAAAAUGGGUGUCGGCAAGUUGGACAUGUACAUCUUGAACCCAGUCAGAGAGAGCAAGGAGAUGCAAUUUCUCAUGCAGAAAUGGGCUGGGAACAGCAAAGCCAAGACAGGCAUUAUCCUAGCCAACGGGAAAGAAGGGGAGAUUUCUGUCCCCUAUUUGACAUCCAUCACAGCCUUGGUAGUCUGGCUCCCAGCAAGUCCAACAGAAAAAAUAGUACGAGUUUUGUUUCCAGGAAAUGCUCCACAAAAUAAGAUUUUGGAAGGUCUUGAGAAGCUCAAGCAUCUGGAUUUUCUGAAGUAUCCUGUAGCUACGCAGAAGGAGCUAUGCUCUGGCAUGCCCUUGCCUGCAUUGAAGCAGAGCAAGAUUAAACAAAGGACAGAUAGCAAAGAGAGUCUCAAGUCUUCCUCCAAGCCACCUGCAGCAAAGGUAGCUGCUGAGGAAACAAAAGUUGAGACAGUAAAAGAGGCUAAAACCGAGAAAAGGGUAAAAGAGCCCUCUGAAAAAAACCCAGAGAAGCCUAUUAAAGUGGAAAAAAUAAAAAUGGACUCAAGUGAUGCCCUCAAAGCUGAGAAAAGGAAACUUGCCAAAGACAAAGUUGGCAAGAAACACCUCAAGGAGAAAGUUUCCAAGCUGGAGGAGAAAAGGGACAAGGAAAAGAAAGAUAUUAAAAAAGAGAGGAAAGAAUUCAAGAAAGAUGAUGGGAAGAAAGAAGAGAGGAAAAGGGAAGCCAAACCAGAGCUGAAAAAAAUAACUAAACCAGAUUUGAAGCCUUUCACACCUGAAGUAAGGAAGACCUUAUACAAGGCAAAGGCUCCUGGUAGAAUCAAAAUGGAAAAAAAUCGCAGCAAAGUGGAGAAGGAUAUCCUUGCAGAACAGAAGUCAUUGCCUGUGCCAAUGAAACCUUGCCAGCCCAAAGAGCCAGCAGACCUGGUUGAACAGCGGCUUGUUCUGUCAUCACCAGAGGACCUUACCAAGGACUUUGAGGAGCUGAAGUCUGAACAGCAGGUAAGGCUUCAGGAUGUGCCUGCUUUGGUUGAGAGAGAAAUUGUCUCCAAGCAGUCUGAGGAGCCGUGUUCUUGUGACGUGGCUGCUUGGAAGGAUGGGCUGAGAUCAGAAGGAACAGGUAGCCCAAUGCCUCCUUCCCUAGCUGUGCCAGAGGAGGAAACAACAACACCCAGAACUGGAGCAGAGGAAGCAGGGAAAGCAUUUGGAAGUUCAGAUGAGAGAGCACCCAUAGAAGAACCUCUUGAAAUAGGAGUACAUGAUGAGAAUGUUGGAAAGACAGUAACAGAAUUUUCUGGGAAAGAUGCAGGAGAGGAGAGAGAUCAGAUGCUGGCAUCCAGUGACUCCCCAAGCCAGAUGCACCAAGAGGAAGAAGAAAAUAUUGUUUCUGACAUGAAGUGCAUGGACUCAAGAGAAGGUAGACAAAAUGCAAGGAGAGAAGAUGUGAUAGAAAAGGCAGAACUGGAAGGGAAGGAAGAACUCUAUGCAAAGGCAAAAGACGAAGAAACAGAGAGGAAAGAUUUCUCUAUGUUCCAACAGCCAGAAGGCCCACCUUUGCCCUCUGAAGAACAAAGAAGGGCGCCAAAGGAAGAAUGGGCAAAUCGAAAUAAAGUCCCUGGAAAGCUAGCAAUGAUGAAGGAGGAGGAGGAAUCCUGCCUAGGCAGCAUACCUGUCCCACCAGGAGAACACGUCUCCUAUAUCCAGGAUGAAACUAUCCCUGGCUACUCAGAGACAGAACAGACAAUCUCUGAUGAGGAGAUACAUGAUGAACAGGAUGAGAGGAUGCCACAUCUCAAGGCAGACAUGGGCUCCUAUGAUGCUGCUGUGCCCGGGCAGAGAGUCUCCUUUGAAGCCAUUCAGGGUUUGGCAGCUGCUGAAGCUGGCAAAGGAUUUGCUGGCCAUGAACCUGAAAUCCUCGCCUAUCCGACAAACAUCGUGGCUGCCCCCUUGGCAGAAGAGGAGCAUAUAUCGUCAGCAACAUCGAUCACGGAGUGUGACAAGCUCUCCUCCUUCGCCACUUCUGUUGCAGAAGACCAGUCUGUUGCAUCGAUAACAGCUCCACAGACAGAGGAGACUGGCAAAAGCUCCUUACUGCUGGAUACAGUGAACAGCAUACCUUCCUCUCGAACUGAGGCUACCCAGGGCCUGGACUACAUGCCUUCUGCUGGCACUAUAUCUCCCACAUCUUCACUAGAGGAGGACAAGGGCUUUAAGUCUCCACCUCCAGAAGACUUCCAUACACAAACUGAAAAUGAGAGAAAAACUGAGCCCUGUCAAACUGGCUUGCAGCAGCAGGAAGAGGAAGAGGAAGAGGAAGAAGAAGAAGAAGAAGAAGAGGAAGAAGAAGAAGAAGAAGAAACCCCAAAUAUUGAGAAGCCUUGGAGAGCCCAAGGGCAAUAUGAUGCUCCAGUGUUUUCUCAACAAAGUCCCUUGGGAGGUGGUUUAACUGAAAUAACCAUGGAAGGGGUGCAGGAAGACAUGUUGCUUCUGGAUCAAGGAGAGGCACAGUUGCUACACGGAGAUGCAGGCUCUGGUGAGGCUGAGGAACGGUGCAUGAGUCCUGAUGAUAGCACUGUCAAGAUGGCAUCUCCCACCCAAUCAGGCCCCACCAGUGCAGGGCACACACCUUUCCACCAAUCUCCUGUAGAGGAAAAAUCAGACUCUGUGGAGACAAAGCUGUUUGAAAAGGUAGCAGAGGCUCCUGCAAGGUGGGAAGAAGGAGAACACAUCAGCAGAGCUUUGGAAGGUGAGGUACCUUCAAUGGAAAAAGAGGCCUAUGCUCUCCUUCAGGAUAAGCCUGACCCAGGAAGCACUUCCCUCCUGGUGUCAGAGGCUUUAUUACCCCAAAGUGGGAGCUGGAGUCUGCCUCUUGAGAAAGAGGAGCUAGUAAUAAGCUUCUAUCACAAGCAAGAAACCCUUGACAUUUCUGAUCUGUAUCCUCCCACCAAUGACAUACUUACAGAGCCCAAAGAGGACUCUCCACCUAAGAGAGCCAACUCUUUCGAGGAUGCCUCCCACAAAGGUGUAAAAUGCUUUGGAGGUAAGCUGUUUUCUCCUGCAGAAAUACCUCCUCCUAAAGGGUGGGAGGAACUUUCAGACAGACCUGAAGAUGAGAAAUCUUUGAAAAAUAUUUCACCAGAGGAAGCAAAAUUGUUUACUUUUAUUGAAGAAAUCCCUGGAAAGGCAACAUCUUCAGAUGAUUCCACCCAAGAAAUAUCUCCAGAAGAUGGGAACACUCUGCAUUUCACAGAAUGCGGUUUAGAUCAAGAGAAGUCUCCUCCUGUUGCUAUUUCUCUGGAAGACAAAAAAACUUAUGUGAGCCUUAGGGAAGAAACCCCUUCACACUUGUUCACAGAAGAGAUUUCUCAAAUAGAUGCUAAAUACCUAUUUACAAAAGACUUCUGUCCUGAAACUAGGCACCAAACUUCCUUAGAACAGAUCCCAGCUAAUGGUGAAAAAGCAGAAGCUUUUGUCAAAGAGGAUUCCCCCAGUUCCCUUUCAUUCUCUGAGAAAAGUCCAUUUAAAGUCAACCAAGCAACCUUAAUAAUGUCUUCUGCAGAUCUCUCUCUAGAAAAUGCCAUGUCGUUUUCCUUAACUGAUAAAAAGGGUAUCAAGGAAUCACCUCCAAGUCCUUCCUCCACAGAAAGGUCUCCAGAGGUGAAGUCCUCCAGCUUCAUCGAAAUGACUCCAAUUCCAGACAGGGAGCCCUUGGCAAUCUCCUCUGGAGAAAUUAUGGGGCCAUGUCAAUUCCUGGAGAAGAGCCAAGAUACAGAAGAUGAACAGUCCCCAGAAAUGGAAGAUAUUUAUCUAAAAGAUACAAACUAUGAGAAGAAAGUAUGGUUUCCAGAGGAAAUUAAGGAAGUGUCAUCUGAAGAACAACGACAGAAGUAUGAUAAAGAAAGGGGGGAAUGCACAUUUUUGGAUGAUGAGUUUGAGAGAGAUGGAAAGAAGCCUCCACUUUCUGCAACUGAAGAGGGAGAAAUUCCCCACCCCUUGGAGUAUGAAGGCAUCUUGGGACCAGCAGAGAAGAAUAUUUUGGAAGAAGCUUCCACUCAGAAGCAAGGCGCAUUUCCCAGGAGUGGCUUUCCACUGGUAGGAGACAAGACUGUGGCUCCACAGGUGAAAGAGAGAUCAUCAGCCCAAGCAAAUGCUAAGCAAAGUGUGCUGGAUCCAAAGGAAUCUGAAGUGCUUGGCCUUGUCAUCUCCCCCUCUCCAGAGCCUGAGAGUGAGCCAAAAUCUAGCCUCGGAUGGGAUCCACACCAGGCCACGAUGCCCAUUGCCAUGGAAAGAAGAGAAGAGGCUCUGUGCACCGCUGAUGAGAAAGUUGCCACAAAGCUGUGUUCUGACUCUGUGGGCGGAGCAAUGGGCCCCUCUUCAAUGUCUCCUGCUUCAGAGGAGACACAAGUAACAUCCUUGCUAGAGCAGGGAAAGUCUUCUGCAGUGGACCAAAGCAUGGCUAAAUUCACACCAGGAAUUGCAGAGAAAAGAUUGGAUGCUGCAAAGAAAGGACAGGGGGACCCCAAAGAGAGACGAGACAGAAAGCAAGAAGCUGGGGGAAAGAGUCACUCUUACAGUCACUUCGAUGACAGCCACGAGCAGGAAAUGAUGAGCACAACUUCUCUGAGCCCAGCUGCACUGUCAGGGGAGAACAGGCCAUCCCCUCCAGGGCAAGAUCUCAGAGGAAGCAGAGACUUUGCAACCCCUUCACAGUCACAGAGCACAAUCUCCUUUGGCCUAACAGAGUGUCAUCCCCAGUGUAGCAUGAUGGGCUCCUCCCAUCAUUUUGAGUUAUGUGAAUCAAAAGAGGAUGUUGGUGGGCAGGGGCAACAGAAGGAAGAGAGAGAACCAACCCCCUAUCCUCAUGAGAAGACUUUCCAGUAUGCAGAUGUCUAUGGGGAUGUUGUGACGGCUGGUGUUAGCCAGUCUGGAAAGGAUGCAGUGGUCAAGACAGGGAAAGCACCAAGGUCUCAGAAAGAAUCCCUUUACCCUAUCUCUUCCAAGGAAGAAGAGUCAUGCCUGUACACUCCUGCUGAGAAAGAACUUUCAUCUCCUGCCUCCCCAAAGGAUAAGGCAGAGCCCUCCUUUGAGUAUGCAGAAGUUCAUGAGCAAUGUCAUUCCCAAGCAGAGAAGCACAGUGACCCAUGUGGCUUGACACUCAAGGACACACAACUAGAGAACAUAACAAGCUCAUCACUUCUCCCUCCAGAACUUCUGAUGAGCCCUCAGCCUGUAUCCUCUCUGGGAGACACAGGUUUUACCUGUCCCACUGAUGUCAUCGACAUGUUUCACCAGGAAGAAGCAGCUGUCUACAUGGAAGAUGUACAUUCUUCAAAUGCAAAUAUCAGCCAGGAGCAGAGAUAUCUUUCUCCAAAGCACUCCCACCCCAAGGACAUUUAUUAUGAGAGAGUUGAAAAAGGAGAAGAGAGUGCCAGCGACUCAGAGUUGGAGAAGGGUGCCAAAGAGAAGUCAGAAAAAGAGUCCAAGUGUCCGGGGCUCUCCCCAGCUCAGAAGCCAGCUAGUGAGAUGGAAAAGGGUCCCUAUGCAGACAUUCCAGGACUGGAGAAGGAGUGUGUGUCUGCUCCAUGGCAAGAAGCCUGCGGAGCAUUGUUGGGGGAGGAAAACCAGGCAGAGAGAAUAGCCCUGAAGGCGGAAGAUAUAGUUGCCUAUGGCAGCCUUAUAGAUUCAGGCAGACAAGGAUGGACCCCAGUCCUGACUCCCCAUGUGCCUGUGGAUGCUACAGCAAGCCUGCACUCCAAGGACGAGGAAAAGGACGAGGAAGCCUCCCUUGGGAAAGUGGCUAGUGAAGAUGGCUCCAAAGGCUUCUGCCUCACUAUGGCUGCUAAAGAGAAGGAGCCUCCAAAGGGCACCACACUUCUGGCUAAAGGGCUAGAUUGUUCUUCCUCUGGCUUUGAACUCUCUUCCCUAGAAAAGCAUGAGCCGUCCAUCCUGUUCAGGCAUGAAGCCCAUUUUUCAUCCCAAUUAUGGGACAGAUCUCUCACACCAAACAUACCUGAUCCUGGAUCCUCAGAAAAGAGCAAGGGGGAUGAAUAUUUGGAGGUGUCAAAAGAGGAUUCGUCUUUCACAUACACCUCACUACCAGAUCUGAAUGAAAAGGGGAGCUGUGGGGCCUCCCAGGAGGAGAAGCCAUGCAGAGUGUCACCACUGAGCCUUUCUGAGGAAAUGUCCCCAAAGGCUUCCCUCCUGACGAUGCAGAUGGCAGCUGCCAUCACAGAGCUAGAUAUGCAGAGCACACCAGGGACAUCCCGGUUGCUUCUAGAAGAUCCUGCAAAGGUGUUUUUAGGUGAAUGGGGAGGGGUUGCCUCAACCAUCACAGAUGACAACAGCCCCCUGCCCUCACUGGGGCCUCCGUCAUUGGACGCCAGCUGCACCAUGAGCUGCCCAGCACAACAGCUACCAAGCCCCGGAGAAGGGCCAGAAAAGGCUUUCCUUGCAGACAUCAUGGCAGCUUCCCCCCACUGUCAGCAGCAGGCAGUUGCCACUGCCAAUGGCCCCACAGAGGUGAACACCAGUCCUCGGGCAUUCUGUGAUGUGCCACAAGCAAGGAGGAGGAGGACAGUGGAAGAGGAUUGUGAAAGGCAAAGCCGUCCCUCUUGCCUCCUGACCCCUGACCCCUUCUUCCCAGACACUCAGAAGGGCAGCCAAGCCGAGGAUCAUGGUGAUGCCUCCCAUGAGUUGGACCCAUGUUUGGGAGCCACCUCAGAAUAUGGGCAGAAGUUUUCAUGUGAGUAUAAUCAGAGGAAGGGAGAAUUAUCCCCAUCAUUCAUCAACCCAAGUCCUCACGAUUCAUCGGAAGAAGACAGUGAGUUUUCACAGGCUGAAGAACAUCCUUCAGUGAAGGGGAGGGCCCAUUCCAUUCCUGGUGGUGACAGACAAGCCAGUACUAUGGUGGAAGAAACUCCUCCCACCUCUGGAAGUGACUCUGGAACCUCCCAGUCUGACUCGGAUGUUCCUCCAGAAACAGAGGACUGCCCCUCCAUCACAGCCGAUGCAGCCAUGGACUCAGAUGAAGAUGCAGAUUUCCUCCCAGUCGACAAAGCUGCAGGCAGCUCACAUCACAGUAGCAGCAGCAGCACCAGAUCUGGCCAUGACCCCCAGCCCAUUUUCCAGGUGGACCCACAGCCUCACCCUCCACACCCAGAUGUCUGUAUGAUGGACCCCGAGAUGCUACUAAAUGAACAGAACAUGAACAGACCUGAUAAGAUAUCCAAGAAGGAUCUGAAGGAGAAAAACAAAGGAGUGAGGAAGUCACUGGGCAAGCCCAAGCCCUCUUCCCCUGCCCGGAAGCCAGAAAAAUGGUCACCUGGCCCCUUGAAGCAACCAUCUGACAGGUCUCCAAAACCAGCAUUGGCAAAGAGAGAGAAACUGCUGAAGCCCCACAUGGAAGAGAAAGAUGAGGGCUACCGAAGCAGCCACACCAACCUUGGCAAGAACCUCAUUAAUGGCAUCAAAACAAGUUCAGUUUCCAGUAAUCCAAAAAGCACUUCCUCUGUGCCCUGCGGACUGCCUGUCUAUGUGGACCUGGCUUACAUCCCCAACCAUUGCAGUGGGAAGAACACGGACCAGGAGUUCUUCAGGAGAAUCCGAGCUUCAUACUAUGUUGUGAGCGGAAAUGACCCUAGCAGUGGGGAGCCCAGCCGCGUUGUCCUGGAUGCUCUGUUGGAGGGAAAGUCCCAGUGGGGGGAGAACUUGCAGGUAACUUUGAUCCCAACGCAUGACACAGAGGUGACACGUGAAUGGUAUCAACAGACGCAUGAGAAGCAGCAGGAGCUGAGCAUCAUGGUCUUGGCUAGCAGCAGCACAGUGGUGAUGCAGGAUGAGUCCUUCCCUGCAUGCAAGAUUGAGUUUUGAGGCCCCAGCUACAGUGAGCGCUUGUUCAUCCUCCUCCUCCACUCACCACCGCAGCACUUGGAGAUCCAUCCACUCCCAGCUCAGUUCUUCCUUUCCUGAAUGUGGUCUGAACUCACAGGCAAUGCUCUGUCUGGAUGUGCUUCUUGUUUGCCAGGAUGCCCAGGACUUGUCCAGCAUGCCUGGAUGUGUGCAGAGUGGAGGCUGCUUCACUUUCCCGGGUUUGUUUUGCUGCCUCUGUCAGUGCUGUAGAGUAA